AUGGCAGCAGCGCAGGUAAAAAAUGAGAAGAUAGGAAACCCUAAGAGUAAUAGGAGGAGAAGAAAGAAGAGAAGAACGGAAGAUUUUUCAUCUGAUUCAGAAUCAUCAUCAUCAUCGUCCUCUGAUGAAUCGAUGGAUGAUGCUGCUGAAGAACCAAAACCUAUAAAAGAAACGAAGAGCAUAAACAUAGACGAUAUUGAUAUCGACUCUGAUAAAGAGACUGAUGUUAAUUCGCAAGAAAAACAAAACCUGUUACGCCCUGAACCUUUAAGUAAUGAAACACAUGAAAAGUUAUCCAACAUAAAGCUUACCACUAGUAAAUUAACAAGUGUCGGGGGAAGUUCUAAAAAUAGCAAUAUCGAUAUUAACCAGGUUAAGAAGACAUUGGCUAAAGACAAAGAUCAAUUAAAUAAUGAAUAUUUGAUGUUGAUGGCUUCAAGCUUUAGUAAUGAUUUAGAUGAAUUGAGGAAGAAGCCAGAUUUCACGGAUAAAUCGUUAGUAUUGUUGGCAAAGACUUUACAAUCAGGAAGUAACAUGUUUGAUGAAGAAACUUUGAAUGCAAUUCUUGAACAAUGA